AAGAAGCACAGAUCCGCUCAACGUUCUAUGGCUGGGGCGUCCUAAUCCUAGCCGGAGGUGGCUCAUAUUACUUCGCGAAGAAGCAAAUCAACAAGGACCGCGACGAACGAGCUGCAUCGAUCGAGAAAUCCAGACAGCAGGCCGAACGACUCCGAGCACAAGAGCAAGUGGCACGAGACAGAGCGAUGUCAGCCAACUCACCCGCGAGCGCGACAUCAGGAGCCGUCCCAGUAUCAGGCGAUCAUCCUAGCCCGAGCGUCGAAGCCACGACCGAUCCUGCGCCGACGAAACACGUGGAGAAGGAAAGCAGAUUUGAAGCGAAAGAGCCUUUUCGAAGUCGGAAAGGCGAUCGUUUUAGUUGA